AUGGCAACAGAACAUCCGGUCCUGGCACAUUUCACUACCCAAUACCACCAUGGGCCCUACCCGGCCAUCUCGCCGUCGCUCCCAGGUCUGUCAACGGCGGGCAAGGCCGUGGUGGUGACCGGAGCUGCAGGGGGGAUUGGGUCGGCGAUGUGUCGCGCGUUCGUCGAGGCAGGCACUAAACACCUGGUCAUGAUCGACCUCAAUCAGACGGGGCUGCUGACGCUCAAAGCCGAACUCGAAGACCUGAGCCUGGGCCGGACCAGAAUCCACCCGCUGGUGGUGGACAUUACUUCCCCCAAAGCGGUACGCGACGCCUUCACCACUAUCGAGGCCGUGGUGGGCGGCAAGUUGGAUGUGCUGGUCAACAACGCGGGAUACCAGAACGUCGGCCGACCGGUGCUGGACAUCGACAUGGACGAGUGGUUCCGGUGCUUCGAGAUCAACGUCAAGGGCAGCUUCCUGGUGGCUGUCGAGUUCCUACGCCACGGCAAGUCCGACGCCAUCAUUAUCAACCUCUCAAGUAUUUUGGCGCAUUACGGCGUGCGCGCGGGCCACUGCAGGGGCCACAGCGGCUACUGCGCGUCCAAGAUCGCCAUCACCAAGGCCAUGGACGUCAUCCAGGAGGAGAUGCCCUUGGUGCGCAUCGUCAAUCUGCAUCCGGGGCUGAUAGCCACAGCCAUGUCGGCCAAGAUAGGAAAUACUGCUCUGUCGGUGGAUUCUGUCAAUCUGCCGGCCCAUUUCGCCAUCUGGCUGGCUAGUCCUGAGGCUGAGUUUUUGAAAGGUCGUCUGGUGUGGGCAAACUGGGACGUGGACGAGAUGAAGUCGCGGAAGGACGAGAUCAUAGAGAAGGAUCUCCUGCGUAUCGAAUUGACAGGUAUAUGA